AUGUUUUCGUUUUAUCCACUUUAUCUCGUCCUACUUGGGAGUGGUUUUGUUUUGUUUUGUGCAAACGCUGAACAAAAUAAAGUCAAAGAAAUCGUCGAAAGUAUGGAAGGAGAUUUAGCCAUCAUCAGAGACAACUGUUUAAAAGAGAACUCAUUAACUAUCGACGAUCUAAAACUGUAUGAAGACCCUGAACAAGCUCCUGAAAACCAGGCCUGUUUUAUCAGAUGUGUGUAUAAACAAAGUGAGAUUAUUGGUCCUGAUGGUGAAAUGGAUGUCGAUGCUCUUGCAAUUUUGCCAGGGGUUGAUAAAUCAAAGUUGGGAGCAGUGAAAAAGUGUAUGGAAAAGUUCGGUAAAAUUGUAACCUGUGGAGAUGUGAAAAAAGCGGCAAACUGUGUUCAUUUGGCGACGGCAAAUUAAUUUUAGCAAGAAAAACAUAA